AUGCAACAACCUGCUCGUAGUUCUACCCUGGAAAAGCACAAAGCAGUGCCAGAGGGAGAAUGGCACUUGAAUGCAGAGAGUGAGCAACCCCAGCAUGGUCCAGGGAACAGCAACUCGGACAGUGUUCCCUGGAAGCUUCCAGCAAUGGGUCCUCGCAGCUUCUCGGAGAAGAUGGAGUCAUCCUGCCCAGAGGGGCAACCCGGAGGCUGCGGAGUGUCUCCUCAGCCCCCGCUGCGGAGCCUGUCAAAGCAGCACUGUGAGAACCAGGGGACUCUUCUCCAGUUUGAGCGGCAAGCCCUGGGACGCAUUUCCACCUCCCCCACAUUGAGGAGGUUGAGGGGCAGCAGCUCUGGGACUUUGCACUUGCGGCCUCAGCGGGCUACCUCGGAAGUACCCACCUGGGGAAGCCCAGGAGACCCUGCAGACUCCCCAUGUCACCUCUCCAAGGGACCACCUGGAAGCCCAGAGGAUUCUUCACACCCCCUCUCACCCUUGAGACUCCACUCCAGAUUGCCUUCGGACCCUGACAGGGCCCUGCACACAGCUGCCUCCUCUGAGCCACCACCCAGGCCCACUGACGAGUACACCCUGCCUGGGCUUCAGCCCAUUUGCGACGGGCACCUCCACCAGGACUCUCUUCUGGGGCAAGAAGGCCACUGGCUGCCCAGCCCCACCCCAUGGCACCCUAGUCCUCAGGGAGAAGAAUCACGUCAGUCCAGGUCUGUAUGCAUUUAUUUCCUCCAGUGUGAUGACAUCUCGUGA